AUGUAUGUGAAAUGGUUUGAUACAGGAAUGUAAUACUAUGUGAUUUUAGUGAAUUUAGUGAAUGUCACUUCUUGUCAUUUUCAAAUUUCCUGCCGUUCCGUCCCCCGUACGUCCCGACGCCGCAGGGAACGGAACCCGGAAGACAGAUGCCGGCAUCCGCCGGAUUAUAUUGCUGGGGACACUGCAGGAGGGACAUCGCGGGAGCGCAGGACAAGGUAAGUGAUCGAGGGACCCCGGAGCAGCGUCGCAUGGUAAGCCCGAGUGUAGCUUGAGGUUACCGCUUCUGGUACUGAAACUUUACCCCGAGCUACACUUGGGAUUACCGCCAGGGAGGUUAAUAUCACUUUA